CAGAAUGAAAUUUGUAAACCCGGAACCUUCCUCAUUUAUGAGAUACAUAUUUGAGCAUCUACAACGUCGAGUAUUAAAAUUCAUUUUAGCACCGUUAACAAAUCAUUAAUAAUCCGUUUGCCUCGCCACUUACUUCUGCGAAUUGAACAAACAGCUCGUACGACAUUCCCAAACAUCCGCUACAAAGCUUGAACGCGGCAUUCAAAAAGACAAAGUCAAUCAUGCAGCCGUGAAUGAAGUAUGCCAUCAUACUUCUACCACAUUAAAUUCGAAUUGUAUUCUUUACCUGAUUCAGAUCCAAAGAAAGUUUCCAAAAGAGAGAGGGGGAGGGAUAUUUGGAUUCCUGGUGAGGGGACGAAUAUUUUUGAUAGCCAUACUUCAUCUUCCAGUGUUGCAGGCUCAGCCUGGCCGAAACAUAAAUCUGUUGCUUGGGAACAGGAUAGGAGGAGAAAAGGUGGCACUGGAAGUUCGAAUGGUUCUGAGCCAGAACGAAAUACGGGAAAUAAUAUAAAGGAAGCUAGGGAUCAGAUACGGCCUGGUGGUGCUCAGGGUGCUCAGAACGGAGCCAUUGAUUCUGGAGUGAGGAAAGGAGGGGUUAUUGACUGCGGACCUUCACGAGGGAUACGACCUGAAGAAUCGGAAAAUCUUGUUAUAUUAGGCACUGCGAAAGAUUCGCAAUUAGAAAUCGCAUCGCCGAGCGCGAGUUUGGUGGAUAAGAAGAGAGAUCUGCAGACUUCGAAGAAGGAUUGGAGGUUUGGGAGGGUAAGGAUUGAGAGUCUGGAUAUGAAUGAGGUGGGGGGUUAUCAUGGCAGAGGGAAGGGCAGUCAGAGUGGCAGUGUAGGUGUGAAUGCGGGAUUGGAACCUGUGGGUGGUAAAGUUACAAAGGCAAGAUUCGAGGAAUUACAUACCAAGUCGGAGAAUGGAUUGGAGUUGAAGAAUACGGAGGUGGGAUGGGGGGUGGUGCAUCUGUAUAGGGAGGGAGAGGAAACACCUGGGUUAAUGGGGGUGGAGGUUUACAACGCAGAUACUGUGGCGAGUCCUACGAAUAUUGCAGGAGAUAGUGGGUUGAGUGAGACGGUUGAUAAAGAUGGUGCAGAGGAUUGUACUAUACUAUGCAUACCAGCUGUCCCGAGCUAUCUUACACCGAGAGAUUUCUUGGGUUUUGUGGGAGAGAAAACAAUGUGUGAGGUGAGCCAUUUCAGAAUGGUUAUGACAGGAAGGAUGAAUAGGUAUAUGGUACUUAUGAAGUUCAAAGAUGGAAAUGUGGCGAGGAAAUGGAGGGCAGAAUGGGAUGGUAAAGUCUUCAAUAGUAUGGAGGUAUGUAUUCACUUUGGCAUCAUGUAUCUUUGUUUAGAACUGACAAUAUUUGAUGUAGCCAGAAACUUGCCAUGUCAUGUUCAUAAAGUCAAUCACUUUCCAAACACCUGCUUCCUCCAGAUCAAAUACGAGUUUCCCGGAACUAUCACACGAUCCUUUUACGCCAGCUCCAAUACAAAGUAAUCUUAAACCUUUUCCACCUCCAACUCCAAAUCUCGUCGAACUUCCCACAUGCCCUGUCUGCCUGGAAAGAAUGGACGAUACAACAGGCCUCUUCACGAUCCUAUGUCAACAUGUCUUUCACUGUGCCUGUCUUGAAAAAUGGCGUGGCACAGGUUGUCCUGUUUGCCGGCACACCAAUCCCUCUCUAGCACUCUCCUCUCAACAUUCUUCUUCAACCUACGACCCUGAUAAUCCACCCUUCGGAAGUGGUGAAGCAUCAUUAUGUAGUAUUUGCGAUUGCACUGAUGAUCUCUGGAUAUGCCUCAUAUGCGGAAAUGUCGGAUGUGGACGAUAUAAAGGUGGACACGCCAAAGAACAUUGGAAAGAUUCCGCGCAUAACUUUGCACUAGAAAUCGAGACUCAACAUGUAUGGGACUACGCAGGUGAUAUAUGGGUUCAUCGACUCAUUCGCGAUAAAGGAGAUAAUAGCAAAGUCAUCGAACUCCCUUCAUCCCGCUCUAGAGGCACAUUGGCUCCAGCGGAGGAUAUGGACAUGGUUCCGCGGGAAAAACUCGAAAAUGCAGGGUUGGAAUUUACACACCUCUUGACCUCGCAACUGGAGAGCCAAAGGGUUUAUUUUGAGGAAUUGGUUGGUAAGGCAGUGGCAAAAGCUAGUGCGGCAAGUGAAAAAGCUAUAAUUGCUAGUCGGGACGCAGAAAAUGCGUUGAGUAAAUUAGGGGAGCUGGAGGAAAAAUUUCAUAAAUUGAGCACAGAUACACUACCGAAUCUAGAAAAGGAAUUAGAAAGAGAGAAGAGGAAGGAAAGGCUCAGGAGAUUUGAGGGGAUGGGGAAGAGUUUGAGGGAGGAGAAGAAGGUUAGUGAGGGGUUAAUGGAGAGGAUUGGUUAAUGAGGGGGUAAGAAGGAAGAAGAGAUGAGGGAGGGAGGAAUGGAAGAGAAUAGAGGUCAAGGGAAGGAGAUGGAAAGGAGGGAGGGAAGAUGGAGGAGUGUAGGGAGGGCGAGAGAAAGAAGAGGGGAAGGGAAGGAAGGCGGGGUUGGGACGGAAAUGGAAUGGAAUGGAAUGGAGAGGACUUUUUUGACGUAUUAUGCUGUGCUUCGGCGGUUGGGUUUCUGGGGUGUAUGGUUUGGUUGAUGUGGUAUUGUAUAUGCAUAUUGCGUUAAUUACUUGAUGAUUGAAUGCAUCAAUGAAGAAAUGGAGAAAUGGAGAAACGCACCCCUAGUAUAGCCGUAGGCAUAGCGCUCUACUCGAAUAGGAGACAUAGGAACAAAAAUUACAUAAAUACAUCAUCUAUCAUCCAUCCAUCCCCUC